AUGGCAGAAGUCGAAUACGUCGAAAUGGAGAUUUCGACCAUGCUAGGUGACGGAUCUGCGGAGAUGAUAGAGAGAGCAAUUGACUUGUGUCAAUUCUUUGACGAAGAGAUGCCUGAAGAGGAACAAGAGCGCGUCAAGACACGAGACAAGCUGGUAACUAAUCUUGUAGAGCUGGCCAAGGCAACGGGCUCUCAGGACAUUCUAGCCACGACCAUCGACCUUGCUAAAGAGCUCUACGAACUUGAUGCCACGGCUGGAGACAACAUGCUUCGAAGCUAUCGCGCAAACAAUUAUGCAGUAGCUUUGGCACACCGGUAUUGGCUCACGGGACAACCUGGUGAUCUUCACGAGUCAACCAGGCUCAGUGAAGAUGCCGUGUAUGCAUCGUCGCAAGCUGAAUCCAUCUUAAGGAUGUCCCGAGGCACCAUCUUGAGGGACCCGGGUCUUGAAGUUCACACGCUGAACACGCUGGCCGCAAGGCUCGAUGAGCGCUUCCAGCUGACGGGAUCCUUGCACAACCUCAACCGCUCUAUCGAAAUCAUGGAACUCCUGGUCGCAGCAAUUCCUUGGGAGGAAUGGAAGCCUGUCCGAGCGGAGUGGCUCCUGAACCUGGCUGCUAGCCUGCAGAGACGCUACGAGCAGGACGAGAGCGACUCUCGGCGGGAUCUACACCGAGCUGUCGAGCUGUCCGAGGAGGCUCUGGAGAGCGUUGGCGAGAAUAUCUCCAUGUUGCAGAAGGCAAAAUGCACUCUUGCCAAUGCCCUGGGUGGACGAGCCCGAGGGAUGGAGCAGAUGGCCGACCUCGACCAGGCCAUCCGCUUGUUCCGCGAAGCACGCGAGGCGACGUCAGAGGAAGAUCCCGACUGCAUUGAAAUCAGGGUAAACUUGGCGAUGCGGCUGUUCCAAAAGAGCGACAUAACCGACGUUGCCUUAGAGUCGCGCAGCUGCAGUGCCGAGGCCAUUGAAGUUGCGGCUUCAACGCUCGACAGCUUGCCAGAUGACCACCCAGCACGAGCUCACCUUCACAACUUGUUGGGCCUGUGCUAUUACGCGCGAUAUUCCCAUUCCUACUCACCACUUGCAGCUCAAGAGGCCGCUAAACAGGCCGUGGAGCACCUCGAGGAGGCCCUCCGCAGCCCGCACUACCCGUCGCUGUUCCGCCACGUGCAGGCCGGCCGGAUGAUGCUUCAUCUCUACUGCUCGAUGGCUAAGUGGAAGAAGGCAUACGAAACUGCCGUCAUCGCCGUGGAGAUGAUCCCGAAGCUCUCGUCGCGUUCCAUCCGCAACUCGGACAAGCAGCGGAUGCUCAGCGCCCACGACGUAGUGGGCUUUGGCGCCGAUGCUGCGGCCGCUGCCCUUAACGCUGGUCUUGAUGGCUACACUUCGCUGCGGCUACUGGAGAUGGGUCGUGGAUCGAUAGCUGCCUCUGUUGCAGAGAUGCGUCCUGAUCUCGUUGCCCUGCGUCGAGACCAUCCUGCGUUGGCCGAGACCUUUCACUCGCUCCGAGACCAUCUCCAGGCUCAGUCGCCGCGGCAGCACAGAGAUAGCGAGAGUUUUGAUGCACUGUUAAGGGAAAUUCGCAAUGAACCGGGCUUUGAGCGAUUCCUCGAGCCUCCGAGCGAGCAAGAAGUUCGUGACGCGGCUCAAGAUGGCCCUAUCAUCAUGCUCAAUGCGAGCCAGUUCCGCGAUGCCGACGCCAUCCUGAUCAAAAGCCAUCAAAUCCGCGUCUUGAGCCUCCGAGGCGUGACACUCAAUAGCCUGCACGACUGGUCUAGCGACCUCAAGAGCCCUGAGCUGCUGAAGUGGCUCUGGGAUUUCAUUGCCAGGCCGGUGCUGGACGCGCUUCAGAUCCAUCUGCCGUUGCAGAAGGACUCUACGAGCACACGCUUGCCACGCAUCUGGUGGAUUCCCACCGGCAUCUUGAGCAGGUUUCCACUUCACGCUGCGGGUGUUUACUCUGCGGGUUUCGCCGAUAGUGUCAUGGACCGAGCCGUGUCGUCGUAUAGCUCGUCUAUAAAAGCGCUCAACGCCGGCCGUCGAGCGUCCUGUGUUCCACAUCCAGCUGAAAGCAAGUCACUUCUUGUCGAGAUGCCGCGAACACCCGGCUGUUCGUACCUGACAUACGUGACCGAGGAGAUUCAGACAUUACAGGCCAGGCUUAUGUCCAAAGGUUUCAACAAUAUGGUACUCGCUAGCAAGGCAGCGCAGAAAAAAGACGUUCUCAAGGCCCUCGAAUCCUGUCACAUAUUCCACUUCGCAGGCCAUGGCACGGAAAACGUCUCAGAUCCGCUGCGGAGCGCCCUGUUGCUGAAUGACUGGGAAACGGAUCCCAUGACAGUGGACAGCGUACUCAACGUUGACCUGAGCGAAAGCAACCCGUUCCUAGCCUAUCUGGCUGCAUGCGAGACAGGCCAGGUCACCGCGUCCAGGUUCUACGACGAAAGCAUCCAUCUCAUCGGCGCGUAUCAGCUUGCCGGGUUCCGCCAUGUCAUUGGCACGCUGUGGUCGGUCGACGACCAUGGAAGCGUGUUGAUGGCGACAGGGACAUAUGAGGGCCUCCUUGAGAAUAUGGCGGACGAUUCCGUCAGCCGUAGCCUUCAUAAUGCUGCUCGGCGAUUGCGGGAUGACUCUAGACGCAGCAGAGAGGGAGAAGAGGGUACAGACGUAAGAAAUGCGAUAAUCAUCAGUGAAGCCGAGUCGACUGACACGCGUUGGAUCCCUUUUGUUCAUUUUGGGUUGUGA